UGUCAUCAGCGAAUUUCGCUCAUUCGCCACCAGACGGCAUCGUAGUUUGUUUUGAAUUUGUAUGCACCCGUCGAUGCACUCUCGUCUGUUGUCCGAUGCACUUUUGUUCGCGACCGACCGUUUGUACACCUCGUCAUCUUCAACGGAAAUGUUCGUCGUUCGUCAUUAGAAAAUUUAUAAUUUAAUCGAGUUAAAAUAACAAGAGAAAAUGAUUCCGGAGCUUCAGGACGCGAUUAGCGUCGCACAGGAAAACCUCUACCGUGGCUUCAUAUCUUCGAAGAGAAGUGGCAUCGAUUGGCUGAAUACUGUCUGCGGAGAUUUUUACAAACUGUUCCGAGUUCUGCACAAGUUCCUGGCGUUUGAAGUGGGCGAUAAUGUGGCGGUUAUGGAAAUGGCCUUUCUCUGCCUGUCGCAAAUCGUGGUUUGCAUUAGAAGCCUGGAAAGAACUUUAACGAUCGAACAGGAUCAGAAGUGUGUUUUGGCGUCCACUCGUCAAUGUUUCCUGGAUCGGAUCAUCUGGUGCAUAACCAAGAUCAAAUCAUUUGCUGACGAUGAGUCCUCGUUUGCACAAGAUUGUACAUCGGAAUCCAAUUUCGUCAGUUUUCUUGACUUGGCCCUGAAUUUGGUUGGUCCACUGACGGUUGCGUUUGAAGAUUCCGGACAGAACCAGGCACAGCAGGAUGCAGAUACGAUGAUGGAGUGUGCAAGAAUUAGAUCGGUUGUUGAAGCACUUAUAACCCAAUCGUUCGCUUUCGGGAAUGUUUUGGAUGAUGAGGAUAAAACUCGGCUGACCAAUGUGUGCCAGAGAGUGCUCAAGGAAUGUAUAGGGCUGGAAAAGGAAUCGGCUCUCGUGGAAGGAGCAGGGCGUCCCGAUGGUCAAAACAGACGCUUGAAAGCUAGCGUCUUAGAGAGUGCUAUUUAUCAGUUGGAAACACAGGUGAAUGAUUGUCUUUUGAAGAUAGUGUUUGAAACGUUUGCCGAAAUGGACCGUAAAUUGAUUGGGCGCUUGAGAAAAAUGGUCAAGGAAGGGGCGAGCGAUGAAGAAAUCGAUAAUAUGACCAACAGGAUUGAUACCAUGGUGGAUCGAAUUAUGCAAAUUGGACUGUUUGCAAUUUCUUAUGCUGAUAACUACAAAGCUGCUUCCGAUAUCCGUAGCUGCUUGGCAUCUGUGGAAGCUCUUGAUUCCUACUUGAUCCCUUCUUUCUACGUAAACUGCGAACACCACUCGAAACUGCUCGAAGAUCAUUGGUUAGAGGAAUCGGCCCUCCUUCGAUGCCAUGUUCAAAGGAUUAUCGACAGCAAUGCCUUCGCACUGUGUUUGAUCGAAAUCCUCGAGGCUGGCAUCGAUCGUCUGGUUGAAUCGUUCAACUCAAUGGAUGCCGAAAAUCUUGUUCGCAAAGCGAAUGUGUUCAAACAGCACAUAGAAAUCAAUGCCGGGGAUUUGAACCUACAUCAGACCGAAACGUUGAAAAUCCACUUUGAGGAUUUUAAAAUGAUGACGCUAGAAUGCAAAGCCAUAGUUAAGUGCUUCGAAGAAGAUCCUUUGAUUGAGACAGACAGAAUUUUGAAAAGAUUCCGUGUACUGCUGAGCAAGCUAAGGAAAGUUCAGCUCUCGAUUAGCGCUGGCAAAGUAAGUCAGCCAAGCAAAGGAGCGGCUGUAGAUUUAUUACCACGAAAUGUAGCUCAAACCGACGAAGAGAAGGAAGUCGAUCAAAGUGUAAAAGAUUUUUUCAGCAACAGCGUUCAGAAGCCAUCCACUGGCAGUAUUUUAUAUCGCAGUACAAGGGGAGAAAAAUCCCGUCGUGAUUCAACGGUUUCUCUGCUGGAACUGAAAAGCUUUUCCGACAUAACGGCCCAGUUGCGGAAGCGAGCAGAAACUACGCCGGAUAGGAACAUCGCCAAGGGAUUAUCGGCUGCACAUUCCAGCAGGAAGAAGUUGAUCAAGCGAAACAGUUUGCGGGUGGUGCUGUUUAAGCGCCAACAGAGCAAACAGACGGCAGAGUAUUUCGAGAGCUUCAAAAGCGACAUCGAUCUGCAAAUCACUGAUAUUCUAGAUCAAUUGACUGAUUUAUCGAGCACUUUUACAAGACCCCCGCAGGAACUACAGAUAAACGAGACCUCGUUGGAGAAGCAAGUGGAAGAAGUGGCUCUAACGGAAACGGAAAUUCGAUCGAAAACAAGGAAGUCUAUCACCAAGGAGGAGAUAGCGAUUCACGAAGACAACAGAAUUAGUAUAAAUAUCACUACUGAUAUUUGAGUUUAGAAAUUGUUUCUAUAAUCAUUGUGUACUUAAAGUUUAACUAUUUUAAUUUACUUAUUUCUGCAUGCUCAUGUCAAACGAAAAUAUAAAACCAAACUAAAAUAUA